CCAGCACCGAAGCCCGUUUCCCCGGCAGCGGAAGCCACGGCGGUGGUUUCUCAAGGACCAUUUUGAACCAUGGCUUUGGGACUAAGGUGCUUUCGUUGGGUACAGCCUGGAUUUUGCACCUCUCUGUCAGUCUUGACAAGGCCUGUUUCAGAAGUUGGGCUGAGGAGUACAGGUAUAACAUGGAAUGACUGCCAGCAGAGUGAGACCUGUUCAACUGUAAUGGUCCGACAUUUUGCUACCAAGAAAGCCAAAGCCAAAGGUAAAGGACAUCCCCAGACCAGAGUCAAUAUUAAUGCAGCCUUGGUGGAGGACAUAAUCCGUCUGGAAGAGAUAGAUGUGGAGAUGAAAUCUGUGGUAGAAGCCCUUAAGGAUAAUUUCAACAAAAAUCUCAACAUAAGAACCUCUCCAGGGUCUCUGGAUCACAUAACUGUGACAACUGGUGAUGGGAAGUUUGCUCUAAAUCAUAUCGGCCAAAUCUCCCUGAAAUCGCCUCAGCUGAUUUUAGUAAACAUGACCAAUUUCCCAGAGUGUACAGCUGCAGCUAUCAAGGCCAUAAGAGAAAGUGGAAUGAAUCUGAACCCAGAAGUCGAUGGGACAGUAAUUCGGGUGCCAAUUCCCAAAGUUACAAGGGAACACAGAGAAAUGCUGGUCAAGCUUGCAAAACAGAACACAAACAAGGCUAAGGAUAACUUGAGAAAAGUGCGGACCAAUGCAAUGAAUAAACUGAAGAAAUCCAAGGAUACAGUGGCUGAAGAUACAAUUAAACUAAUAGAGAAGCAGAUUGGACAAAUGGCAGAUGACACUGUAGCUGAGAUGGACAAGCAUUUGGCAUUGAAGACCAAGGAACUCCUGGGAUAAGAAGGAAAUUUCUCAAAGGCCAGCUGUGGGAAGUCUGCAGAAACAACGGUGCCCUAGCUUGCAAUUCAGGGCCAGAACCUCGGAGAUUUGGCAGUUGAUUGCAUUCUUCUCUCUUGAGUAUCUUGUGCUACUUUUAGGAGGUGUCCUUUUUGGAUGUCUUCAAGUCACACGGUUAUCUCCUGUCACCAUAGCAUCAGUCUGUGUGUAGGACUGUACCAUUAUAACUCUUAGCCGACCUUGAUGUGGGCUGUUUUCAUGCUGGGCCUAUCAGCAGGGAUAGCCUUCACUAAGUAAAUACCUAUGAUUAUAAAAUCUACUCCUGCGAGACUCAGUUACCUAAAUUCAGUGUUCCUGAGGGAACAGGAAUAUUAGUAAAUUAUGACGUCUCUGUCUUCUAUUAAGUGUCCCCUCAAGGAAUAUUUACUAUGAGCUUAUUUUGCUUCUUUUGAAUGAGAGAGUGGAUAAUCACUUCUGAGGUUGAAAUCCAUGUUAGGUGUUGCGGAACUUUUCCUAUAAUUCAUUUUCUGAAGGCAGGCCUCAAUUUUAAAUGUCCCUGAUAUUUUGCUUCCAGCAGGUUUUCAUUGAUGAAUGAGGUCUAAAUAAAAUGGAAUGAAUAGAAACAACCAA